CGCGUGGAUUCUUAGUAGAACUUGUUGAAAAAGUUUUUCAAAUUUUAAUUAAAUAAUUACAAGUCUGCAUGCACUACAAUGGAGCAAUGGUUAACAGAAGGUUUAUCCAGAAUCUUAGGCUUCCAAGUUCCUGAAGAUUUAAUAAGCUAUGUUUUAUCAAUUGAAAACGAGGGUGAUUUAAACGAGUAUUUGAAGACACUUCUUGAUUUCGAAAAUCCACAACACAAGAAUUUUGUGUCUGAAUUAGUCAAAAGAAAAUUCCCAUCCAGAGCAAAUUCCAUUCAAAGACCGCAAAAAAAGAAAAUAUCAAAGAAUAAGCAGCAAAAAACACAAGACUUUGUGUCGGUGGAAGCACCACCUCCUGAGACCGAGCCUGAAGCCAAGUCCAAGAAAAAAACCAAGUUUGUCAACCUUUACUCCCAGGAGGGGAAAAAUGCUCAGGUUGUUUUGUUAAAAGGUCGAAACCACUGUGACUGCCAGGCAUCAAAGCAUGAGCUCAUCAACAACUGUCUACAAUGCGGCCGCGUUGUAUGCAAACAGGAGGGCUCAGGGCCCUGUCUAUUUUGUGGCAACUUGGUCUGUACCCCAGAAGAGCAGAAAGAACUGAAUUUGAAGACCAAAGCCAGCGCUAAGCUGAAGGAGAGCUUAAUGGAACGCGCGAGGCCGCAGGGCUGGCAGGCUGCGCUCAGCCAUAGAGACCGACUGCUAGAGUACGACCGGACCAGCGAGCGCCGCACGCACGUUACACACGACGAUAGCGACUAUUUCAGCGCGAACAGCGUGUGGCUCAACGCUGCUGAGAAGGAGAAACUUGAGAAGUACCAGGAGUCUCUCCACGAGAAGAAACACGCCUCGCGUCUGGCUAAGAAGAUGACCUUUGACUUCGCUGGUCGUCAAGUGGUGGAAGACAACACCAUAGACUAUGACGUAGACGAGGAUAAGAUCCGGGAGAUGAGCGGCGGCAGCGGAACCACAGCUCCUCCCGGGUUCAUCAACCACGCGCUGCUGGGUACAGAUGGUGGCAGGGACGUCGCGCCGGGGGUCAACGCUAGUCUGCUGCAGUUUGAUUCAGCCGUCGAAGGGCAAGGUUACGCGGCGGCGGUGAUGAAAGCGCCGUCUCUGUCCCAAGCUCCAAGAGUUCAGGAUCCAGAGCUUCAAGAGAUGAGCGACACGGGCCGCUGCCUCUCCAUGCACCAGCCCUGGGCUUCGCUGCUCGUGGACGGGAUCAAGAUGCACGAAGGCCGCACGUGGUAUAGCAGUCACCGUGGGCGACUGUGGAUCGCGUCCACCGCUAAGCCGCCCGAUCAAGACACAAUACGGGCCCUGGAGAACCAAUACCGUGUGCUGUAUCCAGAGAAGCAGCUGAAGUUCCCGUCUUUCUACCCGACGGGCUGCCUGCUGGGCUGCGUCACCGUCGACGACUGCCUGCCGCAGGAGGACUACCAGAAGAAGUACCCAGAUGGGGAGAGUGACAGUCCGUACGUGUUCAUUUGUUCGAAUCCCGUCAGCUUGCGGCUCCGGUUCCCGAUCAAAGGACAGCACAAAAUAUAUGCACUGGACAAGACUAUCCACCACGCCGCCAUGAAAUGCAUCCAGAAGAUAAGCAAGAUACAAGCAGAGGAGGCCAAUGCCGACCAGUGGCAACAAUUUCAGUGAAAUAUGUCCCAGUUCAGUAUAUUCCUAAGCGUUUGUUUUUUCAUAAAUAAAGCACAUAAAUUGUUAUGAAAGUCGUUUAUUUACACAGUUAACAACUAAGGUUUUAUUAGUCCCGUUCACUCGCUAUCGCUACACACACAAAAGCAGCCGCACAUUAUAUAGUUCAAUUGUUGCGGUUAUAACCGCGUUACUUGGCCAAUCAUACAUCACAAAUACACGAUUAUCUUAUAAACUAAUAACAAUA